AUGUGGGACAUACGCCUGGAACCAGGCGUGAUCGACGUCUUCGCGAACGUAUGGAAUACCCGCGACCUUAUCGUCUCCUUUGAUGCCCUGAACAUCACACUUCCAAGACGCCAAGAGUCGUUUUUCAGAGAGCAUACCGACAAGUCGAAGUGGACGCGAAAAGACUUUUUCAACUACACGACUGAGCAGAUUGCAUGGUUCGAGAAGGAAGGCUAUCGGGAGCAGAAGGUUGUCGCGGAACUAGGUGAUUUGAUCAUCUGGGAUUCGCGACUGAUCCACUUCGGGGCCGAGCCAACAUCAAAGAGCAAUACCAUACGGACCAUCACAUAUGUGUCGUAUGCUCCUGCAUCUUUUGCGACGAAGGCAGCCCUCGAAGCCAAGAAGAAAGCCUUCGACGAGUGGCUGGCUACGACGCAUUGGCCUCAUGACAACAUUGUUCCGAGGACAUAUCAGCCAACCCUGCCGGAUGGGACUGUUGACAACAGAAGAAUGGAGCCGUUGGAGAAACCUGAGCUUACUCCAGAGUUGCUGAGGCUGGCGGGGGUUGAGGCAUAUUAA